AUAAAAAGGGCUUCCAUUCCCUUGUCCUGGUCCAGGUGCAUCCUCCACGAAUCUACCGGUCCCCGUAGACCCUCUUCUCCAUUUUUUCUGCUUAUUAUUGGGUUAGGGUUUGAUUUUCCUGAUUUCAAUCCAUGGUCGAGUACUGUUACUAUACCUUCUUCAAGAUCGAUUCUUUCUGUUUUUGUUGUUGUUCCUGUUUGUGUGUAUAGAUUAGGUAUUCAUCGAUGGGUUUAUCGUCAACCUCAACGAACCCACAAUCCAAUCUCUCACUGGGGUUGCCUUCUCCUACAGUACCCUCCCGCCGAACCCAAAUCGCCGAUGACUCCAUUUCCCUCCAACUAGACUCUAGCCUCCGCGACCCAUCUCACCCAGUCCCGCCAUUUCCCCUUCAGCUUCUGGAGCCGCAUACGGAGAAUCACAACAGGAACCUGUCGGGAGAAACGGGGAAAGAGAGUGGAAGUGAUGAUGAUGAUGAUGAUGAAGGGAGGGAGGUUGAGGAAUUUCGUAUCUUAGGGCAUUCCAUGUGUCUGAAGAGGCGGAAGGACAAUGAUUCUUUGUCGUCGUCGUCGUCGUCUAAGCGGAUGGCGGUUGAACCUGGUCUUGAGGGGAGGAAGGCUGCAGUCCGAUCGUGGGGUAACCAGCCGCUGUGUGUGGCUGAUCCUGAUUUGUUUGGGAUAAUGGAGCAGGAGAAGAGGCGUCAGUUCAUGGGAAUUGAGUUGAUAGCCUCUGAGAAUUUUGUCUGCCGUGCGGUCAUGGAGGCCCUUGGAAGCCACUUGACCAAUAAGUAUUCAGAGGGGAUGCCGGGGGCGCGUUACUAUGGUGGCAAUCAAUUUAUAGAUGAGAUAGAAACCCUUUGCUGGAAACGGGCAUUGGAAGUUUUUGGGCUUGAUGCAGAGAGCUGGGGAGUGAAUGUGCAGCCGUAUUCCUGUACUUCUGCAAAUUUUGCAGUGUUCACAGGGUUGUUGUUGCCAGGUGAUAGGAUCAUGGGGCUGGAUACACCAUCUGGAGGUAAUACAAGUCACGGCUGUUACACCCCAAAUGGGAGGAAAGUGUCUUGUGCAUCAAUUUUCUUUGAGAGUUUUCCAUAUAAGGUGAAUCCACAAACUGGGUGUAUUGAUUAUGAUAAGCUGGAGGAGAGGGCGCUUGAUUUUAGGCCCAAGAUUUUGAUUUGUGGUGGAAGUUCAUACCCAAGGGAAUGGGAUUAUGCGAGGUUUAGGCAGAUUGCAGAUAAGUGUUGUGCUGUGCUUUUAUGUGAUAUGGCUCAGAUAAGUGGACUGAUUGCUGCUAAGGAAUGUGCCAACCCUUUUGACUACUGUGACAUUGUAACCUCAACCACUCAUAAAAGUCUCCGAGGUCCUAGGGGAGGUAUAAUUUUCUAUAGGAGGGGUACAAAGCCAAAGAAGAGAGGAAUGCUUUCUAAUCAAGGAGAUGACAAUGAUCAAUAUGAUUUUGAGGAAAAGAUAAAUUUUGCUGUUUUUCCUUCAUUACAGGGUGGACCACACAAUAACCACAUUGCUGCUCUUGCCAUAGCAUUAAAACAAGUGGCUACACCAGAGUACAAGGCAUACAUGCAUCAGGUGAAGAAAAAUGCUCAGGCGUUAGCAUCUGCAUUGUUAAGAAGAAAUUGUAGGCUAGUGACUGGAGGUACAGACAACCAUUUGUUACUCUGGGAUCUAAGGCCCCUCAGAUUAACAGGUAAAAUAUAUGAGAAAGUCUGUGAGAUGUGUCAUAUUACUUUGAAUAAAAUCACUAUUUAUGGUGAAAAUGGCACCAUUUGUCCUGGAGGAGUACGAAUUGGUACUCCUGCUAUGACAUCAAGAGGUUGCCUAGAGUCUGAUUUUGAGACAGUUGCUGAUUUUCUCCUCAGAGCAGUACAAAUCACAAACAUGGUGCGGGAGCAUGGGAAAUUGCAGUUGAAAGUUCUACAGAACAAUAAGGAUAUUUUGGAGCUCCGAACCCAAGUUGAAACCUUUGCAUCUCAGUUUGCAAUGCCGGGCUUUGAUAUUUGAAUGGUAUUCAAGAUCCCUUGUGUGAAGGAUUACCAUCCACCGAUCAAUGCCACACUUACUAACUGCUAAGCUUAGUGAAUCUGGUGAUGGUCAUUCUGAUUCCUGUUUAUCUCUGCUUCUGGAUGGGCUGCCGCAUUCUUACUCAUAGCAGUUGCAAACCUCUGAGGAUCACUACGCAUUUCAGCAGUGUCAUGACUCGUGAUUUCAAGGAGGUAGAAAUAAUGUUUUUCCAGUAAACCACAGCUUUUGUCAAAAUUGGGUGCGGCAUUCCUGUGAAAAUAAGGUAGCAUGGAUUGAUUGCAACAAUUUUGGCAUUUAAAAUGCGGUAUUUGCAAAUUGAUUUCAUUGUAAAAAGUGAACCCCUGAAUUCUUUUCAUUAUUGCUUAGUAGUUAGUACAGUGAACCAACAACUUCUAGAUCUAAGAUAGGUGGAUCCACUGUAUACUUAUCAGCACUUGUUGAAUACUGAUAUUUCAUGAAUAUUGCAUCUCUUUUCCUAAUCAGACGAGAUAUUAGAAAAUUGGGGCACUUAUUUUUCUCAG